AUGGUGAAGCUAGUCAGUGGGCAAACCUAUGAUGAUUCUGAGGAUGAUAGCUACUAUCUUGCCAACGUUAGCUCAAAACGUAAAGACAUUUUGACUGCCAAAAUGCAAGUGAAUGGACAGUAUCUUAAGUUCCAGCUUGACUCUGGUGCAGAUGUCAACACAAUCUGCCAACGCUUCGUCAAGAAGGAACAGGUGGUGACGUCAAGCAAGAAUUUAGUGAUUUGGAACGGCACGAAAGUACAACCUAAAGGAGAGACGAAACUCCCUGUUCGUAAUGUCAAAACUGGGGAGACAGUGACUGUCUCGUUUGUCGUCGUACCCAAUAACCUAACGUGUCUUUUAGGUUUAAACACCAUACGUGAUAUGCGCUUGAUAUCUGUCAACGAGGAUAGAUUUGUGUCUGGGGUAAAUCUCAAAACGCCGCAUCCAGCUCCAGCUUUAGGUGAUUUAGGGGAAGCACAUCUAACGGUCAACCCUGAAAUCAAACCGCGUGCACUGCCUUGUCGAAAUGUUCCUGUUGCCAUCAACGAUGAUGUGAAAAGUGAACUUGAACAUUUGGUGCAACUGGGUGUGUUAGCCUCCGUGACUGAACCAACUGAAUGGGUCAGCCAGAUGGCUGUCGUGCGUAAGGCUAGUGGAAAACUCCGUAUCUGCAUCGACCCCCAGCCCCUCAACGAAGCCCUCAUGAGGGAGCAUUACAAAAAGCCAACGGUUGAUGACGUCCUGCCAAUGCUGCACGAUGCCAAGGUCUUUAGCAAGCUCGACGUUAGAAAUGCUUUCUGGCACGUGCGCCUGGACGAAGAAUCUAGUCUGCUGACAACCAUGAUCACUCCUUUUGGCAGGUAUAGAUGGCUCCGUUUGCCAUUUGGACUCAAAGUAUCAAGUGAGAUAUUUCAGCGCAGGUUAACUGAAGUUUUAAGUGGCCUUGAGGGUACAUUUACUAUCGCCGAUGACAUCACCGUAGCCGGGUGUGGAUCAUCGAAGGCUGAAGCGCUGAAAGACAACGACAACAAGCUUACCAAACUCUACCAACGUUGUGAUGAGCGUCAUAUCGUCCUGAAUGACGAUAAGAAGGAAAUUGGGAAGCCGCAAAUCCCAUUUCAUGGACACUUAUUCACGGAAUAUGGUGUCAAAGCUGAUUCAUCCAAAGUUGAGGCUAUCACAAAAAUGCCCGCUCCAACUGACAUUCUUGGGGUGAAAAGACUGUGUGGCAUGGUCCAAUAUAUGGCAAAGUUCCUCCCAAAUCUCGCGAAAGAUUUGGAACCAAUCCGUGCUCUAACCCGGAAGGAAACCGAAUGGAACUGGUCGCCAGCCUGUGACCAGGCAUUAGCAACCGUCAAAGCUAAACUCUCCGACACUCCCGUACUGGCAUAUUUUGACACUAAAAAAGAGACCAAAAUUCAAGUCGAUAGCAGCAAAGAUGGGAUGGGUGCCGUACUGCUGCAAGACGGUAAACCGGUCGAAUACGCAUCACGUUCACUUUCAAGCUCAGAGCGUAACUGGGCUCAGAUUGAGAAAGAACUGUUAGCUGUUGUUUUCGGACUUGAACGUUUUGAUCAAUAUACCUACGGUCGGAAAGUUAUCGCUGAAAAUGAUCAUAAGCCCCUUGCCGCUAUACUAAAGAAACCUCUCAGUCAGGCACCUAAACGUCUGCAAGCUCUUCUGAUGAGGGUCCACCGCUAUGAUGUUGAUUUCCAUUUCCUGAAAGGAAGUGAACUGGUGAUUGCGGAUGCUCUUAGCCGUGCUUUCAUAGACACUUGUGACAUGAGGACUAGAAUCAUGAACAUUAACUUUUCCCCCAAAAUAUCUGACACACAGCUAGAAGAAGUCAGAAUCGCUACAGAGAAUGACAUGGCAUUGCAAUCUCUGUUACCUUUCAUACUCGACGGAUGGCCAGACUCCAAGCAGCUGGUACCGCCUGAAGCCAGACUGUAUUUCGACAUGAGGGACACUCUUAGCUAUCAAGAAGGAAUAAUCUUGAAAGGCGAGGCCAUAGUUAUUCCUAGUGCUCUCAGACGCGAGAUGAAAAACCGCAUUCAUUCUGCGCAUUUGGGAUACAACAGCAUGAUGCGACGUGCUCGAGGACUCAUAUUCUGGCCCGGCAUGGCCCAGGAUAUUAAGCAGCUUGUUGAAGCUUGUGAACCGUGCCAAGAACUGCGCGCGAGAAAUUCAAAGGAAACUCUAAAAGUCCAGUCUGAUGGUGAUUGUCCCUGGGACAAAGUCGCUGGUGAUUUUUUCGAAAUCGAAGGAAAAAUCUACCUAGUGGUAAUUGACUGUUACUCCAAUUUCAUUGAAGUUGACCCUAUGCCAACUAUCACUAGUGCUCGCACAAUCGCUGUCCUCAAGAAACACUUUGCUCGCUACGGUAUUCCGAGAGUUAUGAUUACUGAUCCUGGGUCACAGCUGACCUCCAAGGAAUUCCGUACAUUCACCGAGGAAUGGGGGAUAAUUCACGUAGAAUCAUCUCCGGGGCAUCACAGUGCCAAUGGCAAAGCUGAGGCAGCAGUAAAAGUGGCCAAGUACCUUCUGAAAAAGGCACAAAAGAAUGGAACGGAUCCAAACACUGCUCUCUUAGAACAACGCAAUACUCCCCGCGAAGACACUGGAUUAAGUCCAGCGGAAAUGAUGUUUGGUCGAAGGACAAGAACAAUGAUUCCUUGUUUUAAACUAAACCAACCUGCUAAUGCAAGUGCUGCAAUGGAGAAAAGGAGACAGCACAAUAAAAGUGUGAAAACCUACCAUGAUAGGCGUGCCAAGGACUUGAGCAAAUUGUUACCGGGUCAAACUGUGUAUUUUGAACACUGCGAAAACAAACAAUGGGUCCUUGGGACUGUUUUGGACAUUUUAGGUGACCGUACCUAUCGUGUUGAAGGGAAAACAGGUGGUGUGUAUCGCAGAAAUCGGGUCCAAAUGAGGCCCACCUCAGUUCAGUCGCCCAAACCACCUGUCUCAUUUUCAAGUGCUUAUAGGCCCAUAGUUACAGCUCCGCAAAGUAGGCCUAUCAGCGAUACCAUCAGUGAAACUCCUGAGCGUGACAAUGACAAUGUACAAAGUGACAAUCCGCCAAACAACCCAACUAAUGCUUUUAGAGACACUGGUAUGACACCUCCAAUUACUGCCCCACCACCGCGUACUAGUGGCAGAAUGCGAACCGCACCAAAGCAUCUCCAGGACUAUAUUAUAUGCAAGUAA